AUGGAAAAUGACCGAGUUCGCUCUCAGGAACCAGACUGCGGAAAGCUUCGGUCAGGACCAUUUACCGAGCGUAUCAAGCGCUCACGGCAGGUUAGAGACAUACAACCUCUACGUAUACCGUUCUACAUAGGGGUGGAAGACCCCUUAACACAUCUUCACUCAUUCCGAGGGGCUCAGUGA